AUGCUGCGCUAUGAGGCCAACGCACAGGUCAAAAUUGUCAUGACCUCGGGAAAGGCAGAGAUUUUUGGCACAGAACUCGUUUGUGGCACCGAUCUUGAUCUGCAGGAAGGUGAAAGGGGGACCGUUGUCACUUUUCACGGCUGUAAAAUCACUGUCAAAGGCUCGGGACUCGACGCUUUCGUAAUGGAUGCUGUUGAAGAUCAUGAUCUUCUCCACGUCUACGUUAACAUUCAUGCGAAUCUUCAGGAAGCCCGUAAGAAGGCUACAGAAGACCAAUCUCGUGGGCCUCGUGUUUUGGUAUGUGGACCUGAAAAUGUCGGCAAAUCUGUCCUCUGCAGGACCUUGGUAAACUACGCUGCUAGACGUGGUUCAAAACCAGUCCUCGUUGACGUCAAUGUUGGUCUGAAUCAGAUCUGUAUUCCGUCAACCAUCGCGGCUCUGGCAGUCACAAAGCCAUAUGAUCUGUUGGAGGGGUGGGGUUUGGAGGAAGAUCCCUUAGUGAACCAAUUGGCUGAGCUGGUUAACAUACGAUCAGAGAAUGAUAGCAAGGUGUUUUCAAGUGGAUGCAUUAUAAAAAUGGGUGGCUUCUCAAAAACACCGGAAAGAAAGGAGACGGGUUUGGAGGCUAUUCGGGCAACAGCGACAGCUUUUGAAGUGGACAUAGUUUUGGUCAUUGAGGAUGGCUUUCUAAGCACUUUCUUGCAAGAGGACUUGCUAAAGGAUGUUACUAUAAUUCGAUUGCCGAGAUCUUCCGGUGCUGUUAACUUUACCCCUAAGCAGUCAAUGCGUCAACGUGAUAUGCGAAUUAGUGCCUACUUCCAUGGCGAAAAUUUUAAACGGCGACUGCAUCCUCACCACCUGAAGCUCUCCGCUAGUGAGGUGUGUCAGGUUUUAGCGGCAUGUCCCAAAUUCCUUUUCAUGUUUCUUGUACUAUUUCGUUGUUAA